UCGCCGACGUAAAGCUGGCCAACAUUCACGCUACUGAAACGCCAGUCAGCAGCUUCGCUAACACGAACAGUAGUCAACCCAACUCAGUUGACUGGGUAUAAAAGCCAGUUACGCGAAGUAACUGUUGUCACAGUGCUUGUCCUCAGCCGUGUUUGUACUACACCAACAAAGAUGGCCAGCAAGUUAACACAAGAGCAGAUCACCGAGUAUAAAGGAGUAUUCGAGAUGUUCGAUGAAGAGGGGAAUGGCGAUGUGAAAACGCAGGAGCUGGAGAGACUGAUGAGUUUAAUGGGAAUCAAUCCUACAAAGAGAGAGCUCGGCCAGAUGGCCAAAGAUGUGGACAAGGAUGGAAAAGGAAUAUUCAACUGUGACAGGUUCCUGGGUCUAAUGGCACUAUACCAUGAAAGAACCAAGAACCAGGAUACUGAACUCAGAGCUGCUUUUAAAGUGUUUGAUAAAGAGGCCAAGGGAUAUAUUGACUGGAACACACUCAAAUAUGUACUGAUGAAUGCAGGAGAACCACUCAAUGAGAUCGAAGCGGAGCAGAUGAUGAAGGAAGCGGACAAAGACGGAGAUGGAACCAUUGAUUAUGAAGAAUUUGUGGCCAUGAUGACUGGGGACUCGUUUAAAAUGAGCUGAAGACUCAGUAAAAAAAGAAAGGAUUGUCACUUUGAGCCUAAAGGCCACUCUGCAGCAGUUUUCUGUUCAUGUUCCAGUGACACAUCAUUGUAAAACAAGAAGAAAUGUCAUUUUUAGUGUGUGGCAUAUAUCUAAUGAAAAGGUGUGCAAUCACAUAUCUCUGUUUGGUGAACAAUUGUACAAAUCCUUCACAUAAAAUUAAAAAAAAAUA